GAGCGAUGACGGGCCACUAAAAUCUCACUCCACACUCUGGGAGUUAUAUGCCAGGAACAGAAUUUACAGACGCUCACAGAGACACCAACGGACCCGCCCGCCUCAACCUACAACCGUGGAUAUUUGUUUUUAUUUACUGCUCGCGUGAUCGUGCCGAACUUAAUCGUUUGAGCCAUAUGCCAUGCCAUCUUCUCUGCUACGUCUUAGCAACAUUAGUAGAAGAUAACUGUACACACGUUUCUGAUUCAUCGACGUGUGUCUGUAACACAUCUGCACAUUGUGGUGGCCUGUAGCACAGAGAGUAACAGCAACACAACCCAGAGAGUACCAGCAGCACGGCCCAGAGAGUACCAGCCACACGGCCCAGAGAGUACCAGCAACACGGCCCAGAGAGUACCGGCCACACGUCCCAGAGAGUACCAGCAGCACGGCCCAGAGAGUACCGGCCACACGUCCCAGAGAGUACCAGCAGCACGGCCCAGAGCAGGCGAGACGCCAAGAGAGAAGUAGCGACCUGUUCUUUUCUGUUUCCCAGUCGUUUCUUGAGCGGAAGCAGCAGCCUCUCGGUCAGUCCAUCUGUGAGAGUCACGUUGGUCUACUUAGUUAGCAGAAUAUUAUCUCUCCCUUCUGCGGGUGGAAAACCGCGGGUGGAAAACCGCGGGUGGAAAACCGCGGGUGGAUCCCUUGCCCUUUAGCACUUGACCAGAGGGUUUCAGCAAAAACAAAUAUUACAUUUUUUUUCAACAUUUUCAGGAGAAACAAUGUUUUCUCUCCUUAGUGUUUUAUCAACCAAUCAACCAACCACGAUACACAACUGCAGUCACGCUAGUCCCACCUAAUCAACUGGAAAAUAAACAUUUUCUAUAAUUAUCUUACAUUACACUUGGUGAGAGAGCUUUAUCUCAACCAAGCCUAACCAGGCUCAUCCUAACCUAUUAUGAGUUAUGCCGACUCAAACUCCGCCGCUGGCGAUGACACUUGGGGACGAGUGGGAAGCGCCAAUGAAGAAGAGGAGGCGGGAACAGGAGUGAGCUCCCCCGGCAGCAACAACAACCAUGGCAGCCAAUCGGGAACUUCGGACUUGGCCAAUCGGGUGCGAGGAUCCUCUCCAAGUGGAUCCGGCUCCGGUGGCUCGUCUGGGGGGGACCAGAGGGGUCCCAUCUCAGAUGACGGGGACACUUUAUCCAGCGGGAACGACUCCGGCGAGAGGGAGUCGAGUGAGGGAGGGAGCGGGUCCAGGGGACAUCAGUCCAGGAGUUCCCACUGCUCCUCCAGCCAGAAGGACUCGGGCAUGAUGCUGGAGAACACAGAGAGCAACAAGAGCUCUAACUCUCCGUCCCAGAGCCCGUCUCCCCCCAGCAGUUCCCUGGCCUACAGCCUGCUGUCAGCCAGCUCAGAGCAGGACCCUCCUUCCACCUCCGGCUGCAGCAGCAACGAGCAGCAUCAGACGGCCCGCGUCCAGACCCAGAAGGAGAUGCUGAAAGCCCUGAAGGAGCUCAAGGUCCGCCUACCGGCCGAGUGCAAGGGCAAAGGUCGCUCCAGCACCCUGGACGCCCUCCAGUACGCCCUGAACUGUGUGAAGCAGGUGAGGGCCAACCAGGAGUACUAUCACCAGUGGAGUGUGGAGGAGUGUCACGGCUGCAGCCUGGAUCUGUCUGCGUAUACAAUUGAGGAGCUGGACAACAUCGCCUCAGAGUACACCCUCAAAAAUACAGACACCUUCUCCAUGGCGGUGUCCUUCCUGACAGGCAAAGUGGUGUACAUCUCCCCGGAGGGCUCAUCCCUGCUGCGCUGCAAGCCAGAGAGGCUCCAGGGGGCCAUCUUCUCCGAGCUGCUGGCUCCCCAAGACGUCAGCACCUUCUACAGCAGCACGGCCCCCUGCCGCCUGCCCGCCUGGGCCACCUGCAUGGGCUCUGUGUCCCCACCGACAGACUGCACCCAGGGGAAGUCCAUGUUCUGUCGCAUCAGUGCCGACCGGGCGCAGGGAGGCGAGAUCAAAUACUACCCCUUCCGCAUGACUCCCUAUCAGCUAACCCUGAGGGACUUAGACACGUCAGACCCCCAGCCCUGCUGCCUGCUCAUCGCUGAGCGGGUACAGUCUGGAUACGAAGCUCCCAGGAUCCCUGCGGACAAGCGGAUCUUUUCCACCAGUCACACUCCCAGCUGUCUCUUCCAGGAAGUAGAUGAAAGGGCUGUGCCGUUGUUGGGCUACCUUCCCCAGGACCUGGUGGGAAGCCCUGUACUCCUCUACCUCCACCCAGAGGACAGACCCAUCAUGGUGGCCAUACAUAGGAAGAUCCUCCAGUCUGCAGGCCAGCCCUUCGACAGCUCUCCCAUGAGGAUGUGUGCCCGCAGUGGGGAGUACGUGACCAUCGACACUAGCUGGUCCUCCUUCAUCAACCCCUGGAGCAGGAAGGUGGCCUUCAUCGUGGGCCGCCACAAAGUCCGAACCAGCCCUUUGACCGAGGACGUGUUCACCCCUCUGCGGGGCUGUGAGGGCCGCCCCGCGGCCCCGGAGAUCGUGCAGCUGAGCGAGCAGAUCCACCGUCUCCUGGUGCAGCCGGUCCACAGUGCAGGGUCGCAGGGCUACAGCAGCCUGGCCUCAAAUGGAUCCUGGUCCCGCGAGCAGCAGUACCGACGCACGGCCUCCUCCGCCUCCGACAGCAAGUCCACCAACGCCAUGGAGGCCAUGGAGGCAGCCGUGGUCGCUCUGCACAAACCGAUGACGUUCCAGCAGAUCUGUAAGGACGUGCACAUGGUCAAGACCAGCGGGCAACAGGUCUUUAUCGACUCUCGCAACCGAGCCCUGUCCCGGCGCCACCCUGUCACGGCGCUCCGAGCCAUUGGUGAAGUGGAGCCCGUCAAGAGUCUGAUCCCGGAGGUGGCGUGUCCACCCAAAACCCCGGUGUUCAACACCCAGCUGACGAAGGAGGAGUCUCCCAGUGCCUACAGCUACCAACAGAUUAACUGUCUGGACAGCAUCAUUAGGUUCCUGGACGGCUGUAACGUUCCCAACACGGUUAAGAGGAAGUUUGUCUCGUCCUCUGGCACGUCCACAUCGGGCGAAGACAAACAGCAGGAAACCGCUGGGAACGCAAAAGGUGGUCCAGCUACUACGGGGGUACACCCCCUGGCCAUGCACAGCCACAAGGCGAAGAGUGUAGCCUCAGUCACCUCUCAGUGCAGCUUCAGCAGUACCAUCGUCCACGUGGGAGACAAGAAGCUCCCCGAGUCAGACGUUGUCAUGGAAGAUGCUCCUCCCACUCCUAUGCCAGCCACUCCCACCACGACCAAGUCUCCACCGACCGCCAUCAUUGCCCCUCCCCCGCCCAGAACAACCUCUCCACCCAGCCGGAGAGGAGGUGGCCUGACCAAGGGCCUGACCAAGGAGGUGCUCUCUGCUCACACGCAGCAGGAGGAGCAAGCCUUCCUCUGUCGCUUCAGUGACCUGAGCCAGCUGAGGGUGAUUGAGCCAGCCUCGGCCCUGCGCUGCCCGCUCCCCAACAGCAACCCCCGCCGCAGAGGAGCGUGUUCCCCUGACUACCAUGCAGCUGGAGGUAGCAGUGGCCGCCGUGGAGCCAAGAGGCUGAAGCAGCAGGAGUCCUCAGAACAGAGGGGCCCUCUGGCUUUGGGCCUGACCGGACCCCUCGGGGGCCCCAACGUCGUCCCCAUGAACACCCCCCCCAGCUCCACCUACACCCUCCCAAUGAUGCCCCUGGGGCCUCCCACCACAUCCUCCUGGCCCGCCUCCGUAGGAUCCCAGGCCAGCCUGCCCUCUGUGCCCUACCCCUCGGGCACGCUCCCCCUCUACCCCAUCUACCCUCCCCUCUCCCAGCCCAUACAGAACCAGAUGGUGCCUCCUAUGAUGGCCCUGGUGCUGCCCAACUACAUGUUCCCACAGCUACACCCCAACCUCCCCCAGAUGGUCACAGCCAUGAACACAAUGGGAAGCCCCAUGCCCCAGCCGGGCGCCGCCAUGGUUACCCCCGGCCCACAGCAAUUCUUCAACCCCAACGCCGGUUUCCCCUUCCCCGGUACCAGCGUCAUGCCAUGCCCCAUGCCUACGAUGCCCUCGCUCAUGCGAACUGCCAUGCCUAUCCAGACCCAACGGCCAGCCUCUGGGUCCAGCACCCCCCAGUCAUGUAGUCAAGUACCAGUCGGCCAGGAGGGUGCAGAGUCGCCCCUCUUCCACUCUCGCUGCUCCUCCCCCCUCAACCUGCUGCAGCUUGUGGAGGAGUCGCCUAGCAACCGGCCGGAGGUCGCCACGGCGCUGGCUGCUUCCGCGCUACAGGCCGCGGUCCCCGCACAAGGGACUCGGGGGAGAUCGGCAGAUGACUCCAAGGAGACCGCCAAUGAUUCCAACCAGGAUGGUGAAUCCACCCCCAGUGACAUACUGGACCUGCUCUUGCAAGAGGACUCCCGCUCAGGCACCGGCUCCGCGUCCUCUGGGUCGGGGUCCUCUGGGUCGGGUUCUGACUCCUUGGGCACUGUGUCCAACGGCUGCAGCUCCUCAGGCAGUGGAACUAGUCGCAGUCGGAGUAGCCACACCAGCAAGUACUUUGGCAGCAUCGACUCGUCAGAGAACGACCACUCCCGCAAGCAGCCAGCAGGUGGCAGCAGAGCAGGAGGAGACGGGGAGGAGCAGUUGAUUAAGUGUGUCCUGCAGGAUCCAAUCUGGCUCCUCAUGGCCAACACCGACCACAGGGUUAUGAUGACCUACCAGCUGCCGACCAAGGACAGGGAGACGGUGCUGCGACAGGACCGCGAGGCCCUGCGGGCCAUGCACAAACGCCAGCCCCGUUUCACUGAGGACCAGAAGAGAGAACUGAGCCAGGUCCACCCCUGGAUACGUACCGGGCGCCUGCCCCGCGCCAUCAACGUCUCGGCAUGUAUGGGGUGCAAGUCUUCCCCCUUACCAGAGAGCACCAUGGACCAGGGAGGAGAGGCUCACAGAGAAGAGGGGCAUGCGGCGCACUCUGAAACGCAAGGCAACGACCAGGAAAUGACAACAGAAGAGCAGGAAGUGUCCUGGCCAACGGAGGAGGAGAAAGCAAGGGCUGCCGAAUCCGAAAUGACGCACUGAAAGGUUGAGAAGGGAUCAAGAACACUUGAUUGUGAGUUUUUCUUCCAGCUGACAGACGCCACGCUAAGAGAUGCAAAUUCCAGGCCCAAAUGUCCCAACGCUAAUCCGAGAGACUCAAGACUUUGUUCGCAGGCGGUUGCGGGUAAUCGAAGUGCAUUCUUUUUAUAUUAGCUGGGACUGCUGCCAUGUCAGUGUCCCUAUUGGCUGGCGGUCAAAUCAAUUGGGACUCUGGGUCCAAUCGGUCAGUCCGCUUUGUGUGUUCCAUCACCAGUAUGACAGUGGUUGUGAGAGAGACUGUCGACAUGACAGAAAGCCUUGAAAGCACGGGGGACACAGCACACUGUUAAAAUCAGUGUACCAUUGGAUUGUACACACCAAUAUAUAUUUUUCCUUGUGUAUUUAUUGAACAUGUUAAUUUAAUAAGAAACGCUAAAGUUAAAGGUGUGAAUGUGUUACAAAAUGGCCACUUUAUUUCACAGCACGUCUACUCCCGUUUUGGGAUAGAAUGGUUUCUCCUGUACAGUUCUAGUUCCUGUUGGGAGGAUUCAUUUCACAGGGAGAGAGGGGGACCCCUUGGUUAUUUUUCUCUGUUGGGAGCUUUUUUCUGAUAACCUGGGAUUGUUGUAAAUUGUUUUUGUUUUCUGCAUAUUUUUUUCCACUUAAAACAAAUGCUUGUUAUACGAGUCAGUUUUAAGACCACAUUUACACGGGCAGGUUUACUUUAUUUUGUAAGCAGUAUGUAUAUUUUAUAUCACUGUAAAUUCUGUUCUGAGAAGAAAUUGAAAUUGUCUUGUGUUUGGUCAAAAACAAAACAUUUAUGAAAAUCAAAGUACCCUCUGAUCUCAGGGGAGUAGAUGUGGCUGUUUCUGUGGUAACACAAUCGAAUGUGGCGUCACUCUGGACAACGGGGUGACGGUUGAACAUGUGGGACCGCUGUCCCCAUUCCUGAUUUGCUGGGCAUUAUGGUCACCCUGCAGUGAAACCGGUCCAUGAAACGUUGCUGCAAACAUAUUUUCCUAUGAAAACAGUCCAGGAUACUGAACAAGGUAA